AACGGUUCAGUGUGUGAACUUUAGGAGUGAGAAGAAGAGAAAAGGCUAUGGCGCUAAAGAACGCCUCAUCCUCAACCAGUACACCCCCUGUGGGCUCCAUUGGUACCAGCAGCGAGGACCUCAUUCGACUUUCUGGCCCACUAACGCAAGAGGCCAUCAUCAGACAACUCCACGAGAAUUUUAUGGAAGGAAGAUGCUAUACUUGGAUUGGUCCCAUAUUACUGUGUGUCAAUGCAUUUGAGAAUCCUAGCUCAAGCAUGAUGGCUACACUACAAAGUGUGGGAGAGAAAGUACUCGAAGAAUUAUCACAGAGCAGAAGAUCCCGCUCCAUCAUAUUCAGUGGUAUGAGUGGGAGUGGCAAGUCAUUCACAGCGGACAGGCUCAUUGUGAAGAUGUUUUCAAAUUCAAUGAAGUCAGACUGGCUGCAAGAUAUCAGGAAGUAUUGGCAGGUAUCAUCGGUCGUAUUAAAGGCACUAGGUACUGCUGGUACUCAAGCUAACAAAGAUGCUAGCAGAAUAGGUCGAUUGGUUGAGUUUCAUUACCAAGGAAUGCAGAUAACUCGUUUGAAAGUAAACUGUUAUUUUCUGGACCAAACAAGGCUAGUUAAUCCUCCUCAAAAUGAGCAGAAUUAUCACAUAUUCUAUCAAAUCCUUGCCGGACUAACCUCCGAGGAGAGAAGCAAGUUUCAUUUCCAUCAUGUUGAUAGUCGCUCCUUGCACUAUCUCUCUCAAGCGGCUGAUCCUCCUGACAGCCCACAGCAACUACAGAAUCACUUUGAGGCAUGGAAGUCGAGUCUGGCUCAAUUAGGUAUACCUCUCCAUGAUGUCAUGAAGGUCCUUGUCGCCAUUUUGCUCCUCGGUAAUAUAUUGUUCUAUGAAGCCAAGAACCAAGAGCUCUCUGUUCAAGGCAUCGAUGAGUUGAAGACCAUUGCUGGUUUAUUGGGUGUCCAUCAUCACGUUCUUCAGAAAGGGCUCACCCAGCGUACUUACCUCUCUCAUCACGGGGCCGUCAAAUCAAACUGCUCUGCUGCUGGGGCUAACAGUGCCAGAGAUGCAUUAGCUAAGUCCCUGUACAUACGUACAUCAGUUGCAAUAAUGAGGCGCAUUAAUACUCUAUUGAAGGGAGCAGGUGCUCACUCUCCUCAGAAACCGCUCAGAAACGGCAGCCGGUUCUCACAUCAGCUCUCUGAGUCCUCUCAGUCUUCAUCUCAAGUCGAAAAUGUCGUGAGUAUUUUGGAUUUGUUCGGUUUCGAGAGAAACGAGAGCAACUCUUUGGAGCAGCUCUGCAUCAACUGGACAUCAGAGAAACUCCAGCACUUUUACAUGCAGACUGUGUUUCACGACACACUGAAUAACUGCAAGAAGGAAAAUGUUGAUCCUUUGUUUGAGAAAGAUGUCCAUGAUUGUUUUCCUUGCAUUGAAGUGAUAGGGAACAAUAAUAGUGGUAUAUUAAAGGAGCUGAAUCAAGAGACAGUCUCACCACUUGUCACAUCAGAAGAUGUGCGGGUUAGGAUGAGGCAGAAGUUUGGUCAUUAUAACUGCUUCACUCCUUGUGCUGGCUCUUCUUCAUUGUUUGCUAUCAAACACUACUGUGGAGAGGUCUCAUACGACACUUACAAUAUACUCAAUGCUAAUGCAGACUCACUCGCUGAUGACAUUGUUGCUGUUUUCUCUACUAAAGAUUGCAAGUUUGGUUUCGUUGCUCAUCUUUUUGCAUCAGAGAGCAAAGAUUUACUAUCUGAUGGGAGUCCUAAAGGCCAAAUGAGUCGAAUCACUCCAAGUUCAUUGCAACAUUCUAGUCAAAUGGACUCAAGACAGCCUUCUGCCUUUGUACAAGACUUUCAAGCUCAUUUGGACGAUGUAUUGAGCGUGUUAAAGAAAACUAAACCAUAUUUUAUCAGGUGUAUCAAGUCCAAUAGUUCUCAGACCCCUGGUCACUUUGAUCGUGAAGUCGUCGGCCAGCAGAUUAAAGAUAUGGCAAUAUUUGAGACCGUGGAUCUCAUACAAGGAGGUUAUUAUCAUAGCAUGAUCUACAAGGAGUUUGUAAGACGGUAUCAGAUGAUAGCUCCAAAAGCUUUGACGAGACUACGCAGCAAAUGGCACGAGAUGACUGAAGAUCUGUUAACUGCUUUUGCUUACAUAUUACAAAAUGAGUCCAUCACUGAAGACAUGUGGGCACUGGGACAGACUAAAGUUUUCCUAAUGGAUGAGCUGAGACAACAUUUAGAAAAGCUAAGGCAACAGAUGAGAGCCAGAUCGGCCAUUAAGAUACAGAGAUUCAUUCGCUCGAAUCUCUUCAACAGAUAUCAACGAGCUAGCAUUAACUCGUCGCCUCUCACCCCCAGACUUGAGAGGGAUCUAUCACCCUCGCCUCCUCCUCCCCCAAUUCCUGACAGACAGAGGAAUGGUCUACCGCCGGUAGCUCCAGUACCAAUUGUAUCUUCUGUUGGUGUCAGCUCACGCAAUUACACUAUUGUUGGGAACUAUAAGAUUGCAUUCCCUCAAUGGAGAGUAAUGAAGUUUAAAUAUCCAGAAAACGGUCAGGCUUCUCUUUAUCCAGGGGAUCAAGUGUUUGUUCUUGGGAGAAGUCAAAAAAGAGGUUACCUUAUUGUAGAACACGGAGAGUUUCAUCUUCACAUUCCUCAUUAUUUUACUGAACUACGGUUGGCCCCACCCACAAGUCAGAGCCCCAUUCCUCAGAAUAUUCCUCCUUCUUCUCCUCUUCUUCACAAUCCGUCAUACAGCCAGCUCUGAAGUCAAACCACUCAUCCGUUCAAACAAGCUACAACUGUAUUUAAAAAAAGAUUAAUAAUUUAUUCAUUACAAGAAAUCAAAAUUCUCUUUUAUUUUUUUUUGUUUUUGUUUGUGAGUAAUUUUAAUAAAGAUAAUGACUAUUGAGAUAAUAAUAAUUAUUGUAAUAUUGUCUCUCACUUAUUAUUUAUUUCCUACAACUGUAAUUUUACUGUGGUUUGGGCCAAAGUAUUAUUAUUUAGCUUUAAA